CGUCACAUGACAGCCGUGACGUCGUGUUGUAGUCCGUCAGCUGGUCGCUCAGCGCUGCAGCAGCUAGGUGGCGUUGGAUUUUAAUUCAGGCAUAUACUGUAGGAGAUAUAUUCCAGGAUGGAUAUUCGUGGGGCGGUGGACGCUGCGGUACCCACCAACAUCAUCGCUGCCAAGGCAGCUGAGGUUCGGGCCAAUCAGGUCAACUGGCAGUCGUAUCUCCAGAGUCAGAUGAUCUCAACAGAGGACUGUGAGUUCAUCAAGAAGUUCGAGGUGGCCAACUCUGAGGACAAACAGGUCAUCCUGACCAAUGAAGGACAUCAGUGUGCAAAGACCUUCCUCAACCUGAUGGCCCACAUCUCCAAGGAGCAGACGGUCCAGUACAUCCUGACGCUGAUUGAUGACACUCUGCAGGAGAACCAUCAGAGGGUGAGCAUCUUCUUCGACUACGCCAAGAAGACAAAAAACACCGCCUGGUCCUACUUCCUUCCGAUGCUGAAUCGUCAGGACCUCUUUACCGUCCACAUGGCGGCGAGGAUCAUCGCUAAGCUGGCCGCCUGGGGCCGUGACCUGAUGGAGGGCAGCGACCUGAACUACUACUUCAACUGGAUCAAGAGCCAGCUCAGCUCACAGAAUCUACAUGGUACAGGUCCAGAAACAGGAGCAGGAACUAUUUCCCCCAGUGAAAGCUCUCAGUACGUCCAGUGCGUGGCUGGCUGCCUUCAGUUGAUGCUGAGGGUCAAUGAAUACCGGUUCGCCUGGGUGGAGGCCGAUGGAGUCAACUGCAUCACGGCGGUGCUGAGCAACAAGUGUGGCUUCCAGCUCCAGUACCAGAUGAUCUUCUGCGUAUGGCUUCUGGCCUUCAGUCCUCAGCUCUGUGAACAGUUGAGACGCAACAACGUAGUGCCGGCCCUGUCCGACAUCCUGCAGGAGUCUGUCAAGGAGAAGGUCACUCGAAUUAUUCUGGCCGCCUUCAGGAAUCUUCUUGAGAAGUCGGCAGAGAGGGAGACUCGCCAGGAGUACGCCUUGGCCAUGAUUCAGUGCAAGGUGCUGAAGCAGCUCGAGAACCUUGAGCAGCAGAAGUACGACGAUGAGGACAUCACUGAGGACAUUAAGUUCCUGCUGGAGAGGCUGGGAGAGAGUGUGCAGGAUCUCAGCUCGUUUGACGAGUACAGCUCCGAGCUGAAGUCCGGUCGCCUGGAAUGGAGUCCUGUGCACAAGUCAGAGAAGUUCUGGCGCGAGAACGCCGUCCGCCUGAAUGAGAAGAACUACGAGCUCCUCAAGAUUUUGACGAGGCUGCUGGAAGUGUCCGACGAUCCUCAGGUCAUAGCCGUGGCGGCUCACGACAUCGGGGAGUACGUACGACACUACCCGCGUGGUAAACGGGUGAUCGAGCAGCUGGGUGGAAAACAGCUGGUGAUGAAUCACAUGCACCACGAAGACCAGCUCGUCCGGUACAACGCCCUGCUGGCUGUGCAGAAGCUGAUGGUCCACAACUGGGAGUACCUGGGCAGACAGCUGCAGUCCAGCGACCAGCAGCAGGCUCCGGCGGUGGCGGCCCGGAGCUGAACCCGUCCCAUCACGAGUGUCGGUGUGUCGUCGUGUGGAUGAGUGUGAACUGUGCGUACCUUUUAUGAAUCAGACCUUCACUUUGUGUAAUGACUUGAAACACCAACGGCGUGGUUUCCCUCCUCCACCCUCACCCCAAACCACCCCCGAUGUGACUUGAUUUGACUGUCGUGCUUCGUGUCGUAGCUUCUCGGCUCAGUGAUGUGCGCUGAUUAAAGUUUGUGUCUGUGAUAAUGUACAAAACUGCAACUAUUUAAGUCCUACCUGUGAAACAUUGUGUGCAUCCCAAUAAAGAUGCUUAUCGACGGUG